AUGGACCACGACGAUCACGAAGCAGUACUGGACCUUUCCGAUGUCGUACACGACGAACCUCUGGGUGAGGAAGACGAGACUCACCUCGCUGAUACACAGCUACACCCCUUCUCCGCCCAUCCCAUUCUGGAUCCUGGUUUCAACGUGCUGCACGGCGCCGCGUCGGACGCACCGGAUUCGCACUUUUCUGUCCCCGGAAUGGGCAUGCCGUCGUUCUCGGUCGAACAGCUCGAGCGCGAGAUCGCAACCUUGCUUCACCAAAACGCGUCCGCGGCGUCGGUGGCUCUGCUCAAUGCGGCCCAGCAGAAGCAGGCGGAGGAGCACACACACGACGUGGCGGGUGAUGUAGGCCUCGCAGAGGGCCUUGGUGGGGUCCUAAGCCUGAACCUGAACGGUCUCGCAGCGGUGCUGCAGGCGGCGCAAGCCCAGGCAGCGGAGAACGAGCGCGUGGCGGAAGCGCUCGCCGCGGAGCACCCCGAGCUCGCACGUCGAAGAGAGGAGGAAGAGCAGGAGAAGAAGACCACCCGCAGUGCGCCCGCGUUUCACUCGCUUACUGCUGACCACAGUACACCACUGCUCUCGGGGAGCGGGAACGUCAGCGGGGCCGAGGGCUCGGAGUUUCUGUAUGAUGACGAAGGCGAGAGUGAGGGCGAUGACCUGCAGAUGCAAGGCUCGUCCAUGUCCCGCGUGAGGUCGCCAUCCGUACCAACUGGAGAACCCUCUCCCGGCCCAGCGGACUUCUCUGAUAUCACGGACAUACUCAAUCAUUUCACGCAAUUUGGUGGCGAACCAGAAGACACGCAACCGUUGCCCUCGGAAACACCGCCUCCACUAUUUCGCUACGAUACUCUCCCAUCUGAGGACAAUUGUGAGCCUGACGUCCCUUACGAUCAGCUAGAGCCCGACACUCCAGUAGCCUCCACAUCGUCCCGACCCCGUUCGGCAAGCGAGACCAAUGGGUCCCAUGGGACGAGGGAGAAGGGGAAGAAGAGCCCAGAGAAGAAUGACAAGGGCGACAAAUCCGCGCAGGAUCACUAUUGCGAGCAGUGCGACAAGACGUUCACCCGCAGAAGCGACUUGGGUCGGCACAUGCGCAUUCAUACAGGCGAGCGCCCAUUUACCUGCGAGGUUGAAGGAUGCGGGAAGACCUUCAUUCAGGUGAGGCUGCGCGUUUCUACGCUGUCACGUUCUGCGCUACAUGUUCACAUGCGGGUUCAUACGGGAGAGAAACCUCAUACCUGCGAAUACCCUGGUUGUGGGAAGACUUUCGGCGACUCGAGUAGUCUCGCGAGACAUCGCCGGACGCAUACUGGGAAGCGGCCAUACAAGUGCGAAGAUCCAGUGUGCGAUAAGACGUUUACCCGACGCACUACGUUAACCGCACACAUGAGAACACACGAUCCAACAUGGGAGCCAGAUCCAAAUAUAAAAUACAACUUCAAGGCGAAGAAGCCCAAGCUGGACAGCGGUGACGACGAGCAGGAGCUGGAAGAUUACGGCCAAGGGACAACGGCGUAG